AUGUCUAGGGGUUUCAAGAACAAAUUAGGGGAAGGAGGUUAUGGUUCUGUCUAUAAAGGAAAGCUUUGUAGUGGACAUCUAGUAGCAAUCAAGAUGUUAGAAAAAUCUAAAGCCAAUGGGCAAGAUUUCAUCAAUGAGUUUUCUACCAUUGGAAGGAUUCACCAUGUCAUAUGUGGUGCAACUGAAGGAAUUAACUCCUUAGAUUGCAAGACAAUGUGUGAAAUUUCAUGUGGAGUGGCUUGUGGUAUUGAAUAUCUCCAUCAAGGAUGCAAUAUGCAAAUCUUACAUUUUGAUAUUAAACCGCAUAACAUUCUUUUGGAUGAGAAUUUUAUUCCAAAGGUUUCUGAUUUUGGACUUGCAAGGUUAUGCCCAUUAGACAAUAGCAUCGUGUCUCUAACUGCAGCAAGAGGAACCAUGGGAUACAUAGCUUCAGUGCUAUUUUACAAAAACAUUGGAGGAGUUCCUCACAAAGCCGACGUUGAUAGUUUUGGAAUAUUAUUGAUGGAAAUGGCCAGUAACAGAAAGAAUUUGAAUGCAGCUGCAGAGCAUACAAAUAGCACUCGAAAGUUCUUAUCAUCUUUUAUAAUCCUCCACCACCAAUAA